AAACUUUGGCCAGUCUAACGACAAGAGCUGAAGCAUAAAGACAUGCGACGUCGGGUGCAACGUCCGUUAAAGUCAGUUACAGAGUCAGACACAGAGUCAGAGUCAUUGAACGCAAAUAAAUAAUCAAAGCCGCCAACUUAGACCAGAAGUCCCCCCAUCCAAUUCAGACUGCAAAAGGCAGCCGCGUGUUACACAGUGCCCCUUUCCGUCCGUCUACAUAAUCAUGGUGGUGGCCACGCCCCCCAGCACAGCAGCAGGCAACAGCAGUGGCAAUGGAGGUGCCAGCAAUCCGGGCAACUGCUACAUGGAUCAGUACCAGAAGUAUGCCACGCACUGCGAGCGAGCGGACAGCGGCAACGGCAGCGAUCUGGAGAGCAACGGCAUUCCGGCCAAGCCAGCCUCGCUGCUCACCGACGACAGCGAGGAGAGUGGCCCCUCCUCCCUGGGCAGUGACUCCCUGCACUGCAGCAGCACGGAGUAUGUGCGCCAGGCGGCCUCCCAGCCCAGCGGCCAGCUGCAGCUGCAGCGGCAGCGCCAGAAGUCGAUCCGCAUGCUGGGCUCGCUGGGCUCGCUGCUGCCAGACUCCCUGCUGCGGGACAUACGGGAUAGACGCAAUGCGGAGGAGUACGUGGUGCAGUACACGGGACACGUCGAUGCUGAGACCGAGGCAGACACUGAGGCUGAACCCGAGCCUGAGGUCAAGGACAAGCCAAUGCCAGCGUGCAAGAAGUCGUUGCGCCUGUCUCGGGAGUCGCUCAGCGAGGAGAAAAUCGAGGAGCUGCGUGCGGCCGUGGAGAGAGCCAACUUUGUGCAAACCGGUGAGGAGUCGUUGGACAGCAUUGAGGCCGCCUCGCAAUCUCUGCUAGUGAGCUGCCACACCAAUGGCAGGGGCAGCAGCAACAUCAACUACAAAUAUGCAGACGACCAAUACUACAGCUUUCACAUUAACGAGCACGAGAACUUUAGCAGCUUCGCGCGUCACGGCGACGAGGCGUCGAUGGCCACGGCCGCGAGCCUAACGGAACAGCAAGAUCUCUUCGCGGGCUACCGGGAUGUGCGCUGCAGCAGCAGCUCCACCCAGUCCACCAUUCGCUCGGCCAAGGGAACGGUGCGAGGCGUCAAGAAUCGUGUGCGCAAUGGAAUAGCCACGUUCUUGCAGCUCCAGCAGCAGCCCAAUGCCAAGUGCUACAAAGAGAAAGACCUGGGCAAGGUGGUGCUGUACACCACCAGCAUGGGCAUUAUACGGGACACCUAUACGAAAUGUGCCAAUGUGAAGCAGAUCCUGCGCACUCUGCUGAUCAAGUUCGAGGAGCGGGACGUCUUCAUGAGCGUCGAGUACCAGGCGGAGAUGCGCCAGCGCAUGCAGACCGCCCACGUCCGAGUGCCCCAGCUGUAUGUCGAGGGGCAGCACAUCGGCGACGCGGACACGGUGGAGCGACUGAACGAGUCCGGAGAGCUGCGCCAGCUGCUCAAGCCCUACAAGUCCAUUUCCAGCACCUACACCUGCCAGACCUGCGGCGGCUACCGCCUGCUGCCCUGCCCCUCCUGCAAUGGCUCCAAGAAGUCCGUCCAUCGGAACCACUUCACAGCCGAGUUCGUGGCCCUCAAAUGCAUGAACUGCGACGAGGUGGGACUGGUCAAGUGCCACAACUGCUGAGGAGAGUCCUGCACUGGACUCGACUCGAGUGCGGACUGUCUGCAUAGCUCAUAAGUGUUUUUUCUGCAUUUUAUAACCGCUCGGCCUAUAUUAUUUGUGUGUAAGUCCAGCUAAUCGUAAGCCCUGUUAAGCUUAGUCAGCAAUUAACAACCACAAGCAGCAUAUUCUAACUCUAAGUAGUAAAUAGUUAUACAAAAAAAACAAA